AUAUUCUUCUAUCCUUUACCAAAAAAAGUUCAAUUUACUUCUGGCAAAAUCUUUCCUAUCUCAACAUUAGAUUUUCGUUUUCUUACUCCUUCGGUUCAGUCAAUCAAAGAAUAAAAGGCCCAAAUCCGACUGGCAAUUAACGUAAGACUCGUACGAGGUCAAUCUAAUGACCGAGAUGGUCAAUUUAACUGCUGAUUGGAGAAAUCAAGUCGAAAGGUGGCCUUGGGCACUUCGUUUCAACCCCUUCGUCUUUUUCUCCACUCUCCAGGAAAAAUCCCCAAAGAAAAACUAGAAGAAUGAAUCUCCGGUGAAGUUAUUGGUUUAUCAUUUUCAUUUAUUGAAUUAAUUUGUGCAGUGAAGUUGCAGAUUUUCUGGAGAUAUGGCGUUGCGUGCAAAAGUUUUGCGAAAGAAAGCAGAGAAGUUUGAGUUGAAGAAAUUACAGGGUCCUACAGUGAUAAAUGAACGUGUAUCUGAUCUUGAGCCAAUUCUUCAAGAUGCUUAUGACAUUCGGCGCCCAAAACAGAGUGAUUAUGAAUCUCGAAGAGAUUUAGUCCUAGUGUUUAAUGAAAUUGCGAAGGAAAUAUAUGGAUAUUCAAAAGUGACUCCCGUUGUGGUGGAAUUUGGUUCUUUCUUAAUGGAUCUCUUUAGCCCAACUAGUGAUUUAGAUCUCUCUGUGAAUUUUAGCAUUAACGAGGUUGAAUUUCCGCGCGAAAAGAAGAUUCAAACUCUGAGGAAGUUUGCAAAGAAACUAUAUGCUCUACAAUGUAAAGGGCAUGUUUCUGGUGUUCUUCCAAUCACAACUGCCAAGGUGCCUAUUCUCAAAGUUGUUGAUCGCGGAACUGGUGUUGAAUGUGAUAUAUCAGUUGAAAAUAGGGAUGGAAUCUUGAAAUCCCAGAUUAUACACCUUAUUUCCUCAAUCGAUGAAAGGUUUAAAAAGCUAAGCUUCUUGCAGAUGAAAACCUGGGCAAAAGUGCAGAACAUUAACAGUUCAAAAGACAAAACCUUGAAUUCUCUCUCCAUAAUUCUGUUGGUUGCUUUUCAUUUGCAGACUCGGAAGCCACCUAUAUUACCUCCAUUUUCUGCCUUGUUCAAAGAUGGUGCUGAUACUGCAACAGUGAAGAAAUCGCUACCUAAUUUUAUGAACUACGGAAAAAGUAAUAAAGAAUCUGUGGCUGAGCUCUUUGUCACUCUACUGAUCAAGUUAUCUUCUGUUGAAAAUCUGUGGCCCAAAGGUCUCUGCGUGAGCACGUAUGAUGGAUCUUGGACGUCCAAAACGUGGAACUCUAAAGUUGCUUGUAUAAGUGUCGAGGAUUUUAGUGAUCGGUCUCAGAAUGUUGCUAGGGCAGUGGGACAAGUGCAAAUAAAAAUGAUCUACGAAUGUAUUAAGCUUUCUACCCGGUAUGUUUUAUCCUUCAUGGAUGGCCAGAUUGGAGGAGUUCAAUUGAAGGAAUUUUUGUUCGGCCAUGAUGGCAUCACUACUUUACGUCGAAUACGUACUUCAAAUUCUCACCAAAUUGCAUCAUUGCGUAACAUUCCCUCUCAAUCGAACAAGAGGAAAAGAAAUAGAAACAAGGAACGUCAGGAAGGAAAAAAACAAGUUAUGCCUCUCGAUUUUCUCCCUACAAAGAGAAUAGCCUCCACGCAAGGUUGGGCAGGAACGUCUGCAGGGAGUUUGGGACAAGUCGAGCAACCUAUGUCAUUUGAAUUUGGUUGGAUGAAUAAGACACGAACCACUGAAGGUUGGAGAGAGAUGCCUGAUGAUGACACUGAAUAUGCUAUGCCUUGUGAUCCCCGAAAUGGGCAGCAACCUAUGGAUGGUUGGGGUGGAACUCAGCACUCCAGCACAGGAAGUCAGCGUAAGGUCCAUGCUGAAGGCUGGGGUGGAACUCAGGAGCGCGUUGCAGGAGGUUGGGGUGCUGAAGGGUGCGUAAGAACUCGGGAACCUGUUGCAGGAGGUUGGGGUGGGGUGCAUUCUGAAGGCCAGGUAGGAACUCGGCUACCCACUGCUGGAGGUUGGGGUGGAAGGCAAAACUAUUUCCUGUAAAUAUAAUCCUAUUCGAACAUGAGACCCGGACUGAAAUUACAAUUCCAAUCAUCACCUUUGCUUCUA